UUUACCAACGAUCUUUGCGACAUUCCUCUUCAGAGCUGGUUCUGUGUUCAGAUAACAUUCGACGCCUAUAGAUUUGCUCAUCUACACAGCAAAAUGAGUGAUAUGGCCAGAGUAGCAGCACAUAUGCCAACUGUUCUCAAGUACUCAAGUGUUACAAGAUUUGAGGACUUUUCAUCUGUCCACACUUGGACUGUGAUGGGUUUGAAGACACUAUUUGAAGGAACAGCAAGUAUUGAGUCUGCUCCUUUAACCCAUCAGAAUUCCAGUAAAUGGUGCAUAGUCCUUACAAAGAAAGCCAACGAACUUCAUUUGUGUUUUUUGUUAAAAAAGAGUGAAGACAAUAAGAUACUGAGAGCAAAGCUGAAAGCUGACGAGAUUCUUCCCACUGGUGCAAUACGUGAAGUAUUUCCAUGCAAAUGGUAUCAUCUGGAGGAGGGAGAAAAAUCAGAAACGCACUUCAUUAAGAAGGUGGAUGCUGUUGGACAUGACUACAGUGAAAAUGAGAUAGUACUCCGGUGCGAAAUCUGCAUGCAGUGCAUUAUUCAGGAUGAGCUGCCUGUGCCAUGCACAUCGGAACCACAAGAUGGUAUAGUGAAGGCCAUGGAUGAGAUGUUUCACAAAGAAGUUCUUGCGGACUUUGAGCUACACACAGGAGACACAGUUCUAAAGGCACACAGGGCACUACUGUCUGUGCGGAGCCCUUGCUUUGCUGCCAUGCUCCAGCCACACACAAAGGAAGCAAAGGAAGGCAGCACGGAGGUCACAGAUGUAGCGCCAGAAGUACUAAAGCAGGUUCUGCUGUACAUGUACACAGGAGUAGCUCCAGCUCUCAAGGACAUGCCGUUGGAGCUGUUGAUGGCUGCUGAGAAGUACCAGCUGCACCAGCUAAAGCGUCAGUGUGAGACCCACAUCGCCAGCUGUCUGAAUGUGGACAAUGCCGCAGCAACUGCAGCCACUGCAUCUGUUUUCUCCUGCGACCUGCUAUGGGAUCGUGCUAUCGUUUUCAUCAGACACAAUCUGUGCGAGGUGAUGCGCACAAGAGGAUGGGCUGAGACUGUAGCCGUACAUCCUGAAGCCAUACAACGUAUAAGUGAGCUGAUGGGAUGA